CCGCCAGAGGAUAACAGUAAGGAGGUCGUGAAGAAGAGGACAGCUGCAGACCUCCACAGUCAUUUUUCACGUUACAUCCGUCCAAAUCCACAAUCGGAGAACCGCCAACACAUCGUGAGCAUCACAUCAGAGCCACACAACAUGGACUUCUCUAUCCGUGCAGCUAACGUGGAGGACUGCAAGGACAUCGCGCGGAUGAUUGUGGAGUUGGCUGAAUAUGAGAAAGUCGCAGAUCAUGUAAAAGUCACUCAGAGAGACUUGGAGCAGGAUGGCUUCUCCAAGAACCCAUUCUUCCAUGGGAUUGUCGCUGAGGUGCCAGAACAGCACAAAACCAAAGAAGGCCAUACGAAGAUAGGAUAUGCACUUUACUUUUAUUCCUACAGCUCAUGGUCGGGGAGAGCCAUUUAUAUGGAGGACUUGUAUGUGAUGCCUGAGUUAAGAGGGAAGGGCAUUGGUAAAGCACUUAUGAGCAAGGUAGCUCAGCUGGGCCUGGCUGCCGGCUGCAGCCAGCUUAACUUCACCGUCCUGAACUGGAACAAACCAUCUAUGGACUUUUACCUCAGCCAGGGCAGCUUUGACGUCACGGCUGACAUGGGCUACCACUGUAUGCGCUGCGAUGGAGAGGCGCUGGAGCGCCUGGCCCAACCCUAAGCCAACACAAGGCUCAUGACAGCAUGACCUUUACAACCAUAUGGUCACAGAGAGCAGGGAUAGAGCACCACUCAUUGGCUCCGUUCCAAAACUUGACAAUGACAAUCGCCAAUUUCACAAAAGGCAGAUUAUUUAAAUAAUUGACUGUUUGUUAAGCCCCGCCUCCCUUAGUUACUGUUACUACGCCUAUCAAGUUUUUCAAGCUAGCACAGCACAUAUGCAGUUUACAGUAAUAACAAUGGAGGAUUUACAAUUAAUUUUUUUUUUUUUUUUACAAUUCCGCAAUAUAUCAUCUAUUUCACAUGGAGGUAAACAAAAGCAGGCUUCUCAUUUAUAGCAUAUGACUGUCAGUUUUGUCGGCUGAAAUGACAACUGGCAGAUCUUAUUAGAUGCAGUUAGCUAGCAUUAGCUAAUGAGCCAACUGCUAAUGCUUCCCAGCUGACUCUCUUUAAACAGGGUCCUGUAAAAUAUACGUACACAUGAUGGCUACAUACCUAUUUUAAUACUAAAAGACUGAGGCUUACGCUAUAUGUCCAGGCAAAAAAUCGGUUGACAAGAUUUGCUGGAGCGAAAAUCAAAAUCCAAUAAUGAGCAGGAUAGAAAUGCUAAUGUUAAUUAACUUGUAUUAACACAAAAUAACAUAAUAAUGCAGUUAACUAAUUAUAUGCUCCUUGGCUUUAAAAUAAUGCUCAGUUACUACUGGUAGUAAGCUAGUUAGCCAGGUAUGCUAAUGUUUGCAGCUUACAUUGGUGUUUUUGGUUUUGGUAUGGCUAAAAAAAAACUCUGUACGAGGUAUCUUACCACAGCCUCACGCACAUCGCUUCAACAUGUACCUGCUGUGCCUUGUUCCUGUUUAAAGAAGGGUUUAGCAAACAGUCAAUUGGGUUAUUAUUUAGCAAGUCAAGGAUGCAGUUUUAAGUAUUGGAAUGGGGCCUAUACGCAAUAUAUUUAAAAGAGGCACUAAAAUCUGUGUUUUGUGUUUUUCCCUUGUGAUAUGGUAUGACCCAGAGCAUUUUGAUUUUGGUGUUAAAUGGAUCAGAUAACCUAACCUCUCUUGUGAAAAAAUUUAAACUACAUGGACAUGAGAAAGGUCCAACAGGAGUGUGCAUGUGUGUGUGGGUUUUUUAAGAGAGUCUUAACACGCAAUCAAUCAUCUAGAAAUGAAAUAUUUUCUUUUGCACAAAAAAACUGAAAAACCUAAUGCAUUGCAAAGCUAAGAUGUAUGUUUCAUUGUACUGUAUGGCUGUUGAAAGGAGCGAGUUUAUGGUAAGUUAUCCCUUUAAAUUAUUAUAAACUAUGAUAACAGCAACCAAAGAGUCAGUCAUCUCUCCCCUUGUCUUCCAGAUGAGUGCUAUAAAGCUGUGGUAAAGUAUAAUGUUGGUAAUUUACAAUGUUUCAUUUACUUUUAAGCUAUGUGUGCACUAAUGGAUGGAAUUAUGAAGUAAAGGAAUCAGUUGAACCUAAACCUACUUGCAUGCAGCCACACAACAAGCUCUUUGGACUGGCUUCAAAGAAAUGAGCCUCAAAUCAGACAAAAACAAUCCAUCUGCUGGAAUUUAAAAAGUAAAUGUCUUGGACUGAUACAAUUUAAAUACAAAAGACAAGAAAGCAUAUUUAACUGUUUAGUUAGCAGGGUGUGUAUAAUAUAUAUAUUGUGGUUGCUGCACUGUGAAACUGUCAGUAUAAGUAUAAAAACAACCAUGUUAAUGUAUUGGGCUCAUUUCCACAACCGUGGUGCUGUUAAGGUGUCUAAAGGGCCUAAGUGUGUUACCCAUUCACAUGGCAAGAUAUUUCCAAUGUGUUUUCAAAUGCUACAUGCAUUGAUGUUUUUUUUCUGCCAGCAGAGGCAUUUGUUUUAAUGUGUCUCUGAUUUUGUCUCUGAAACGGUUGAAAAUAAAGAUGAUCAUAGUUGAGUGGAAACCUUGUGAAUCCAAAGCUUUUCAGUAACAUUGUGCAUUUUAGACCUCAUCCAAUGACUUUCUAAAGGGCCUCAUGAGAUCAUAUAAAUUCCCUCAACCAAAAAUGGAUUCACAAGUUUUUCAUUUGACCAGCAAAGUGUUGAGGCCACAAAAAAGCAUCUUUAGUGUCAUUUGCUGUAAAAGAAAUCCAGAUACAUUAGAAACCACCUGUAGCAGUGUCACAUUUAGCCUGGAACCCAUAUCUGCCCUGCCAUUAUAAGGUUUAGGUGCAGCACCUUAGCCGUUUUGGGCAGCACCUAAGCUGAUGAAUGAAACUAAAAGUUUUCUCAGAUCUAAUGACUGUAGUUGGACUUC